GCGCAUGCGCGCCGUACUUCUCGUGUUGGUGUUUCUUGUGACUGCUUGGGCCGAGCGACCGGCCCACCGAGUAUUUGGUUUUCCGGAGCGGCGGCGAAGGCGCGGCAACGGAAGGGACGGCGGUGGCGGAAUUUGUGAAUAAAACAAGAUGGCAGAAGAGACUGGAGAUGAAAAGAAACUGGUUGCCAAGUUUGAGCUGGAGAGGGAGACUGAACUCCGCUUUGAAGUUGAGGCCUCACAAACUGUCCAGCUGGAACUUAUGACAGGCAUGGCUGAAAUCUUUGGAACUGAGUUGACACGGAACAAGAAAUUCACCUUCGAUGCUGGUGCUAAAGUUGCUGUAUUUACCUGGCAUGGUUGUUCUGUGCAACUAACUGGUCGGACUGAAGUAGCCUAUAUCUCCAAAGAUACACCCAUGCUUCUCUACCUCAACACACACACUGCUCUGGAGCAGAUGCGGUGGCAGGCUGAGCGUGAAGAUGAGCGGGGACCUCGGGUGAUGGUAGUGGGCCCCACAGAUGUAGGCAAGUCAACGGUCUGCCGCCUGCUAUUGAAUUAUGCUGUGCGUCUUGGACGCCGACCCACAUUUGUGGAACUGGAUGUAGGCCAGGGCUCAAUUUCAAUCCCAGGGACUAUGGGAGCACUCUAUAUUGAGCGACCUGCAGAUGUUGAAGAAGGAUUCUCUGUUCAAGCCCCCCUAGUUUAUCAUUUUGGGUCCACCACACCUGGCACAAACAUUAAACUCUAUAACAAAAUCACAUCUCGUUUGGCUGACGUGUUUAAUCAACGCUGUGAAGUGAACCGCAGAGCUUCAAUCAGUGGCUGUAUCAUCAAUACUUGUGGCUGGGUGAAGGGAUCUGGAUAUCAGGCACUUGUACAUGCUGCUUCUGCUUUUGAAGUUGAUGUUGUUGUAGUGUUGGAUCAAGAACGCCUCUACAAUGAACUGAAACGAGAUCUGCCUCACUUUGUUCGAACUGUGCUACUUCCCAAAUCAGGUGGAGUAGUAGAGCGCUCUAAAGAUUUUCGGCGGGAGUUUCGUGAUGACCGCAUACGUGAAUACUUCUAUGGCUUCCGAGGAUGUUUCUAUCCACAUGCUUUUGAUGUCAAGUUCUCUGAUGUUAAGAUAUAUAAAGUGGGAGCUCCCACUAUCCCUGACUCAUGUCUGCCCCUGGGCAUGUCACAAGAAGACAAUCAACUCAAGCUAGUCCCAGUUACACCCGGUCGUGACAUGGUUCAUCAUCUGUUAAGUGUUAGUACUGCUGAUGGCACUGAUGAGAACAUCUCUGAGACCAGUGUGGCUGGUUUCAUUGUGGUAACUGGAGUAGACCUGGAACGCCAAGUCUUCACAGUGCUUUCACCAGCACCACGCCCAUUGCCAAAGAAUUUCCUGCUCAUCAUGGACAUUCGUUUCAUGGAUCUCAAGUAGUGCCCUGACUGGAAAAGCUCCAUCGAGUUCCCAGUAGCUCUUUUACAAAUAAAAUUACAAUUUUAAAUGGAAUAAUUGCCCCCAAAAGAGGCAUAAGAAGUGUGUACAGUAGAAGUUAUUUGAAAGGGGGGAAAAUCAGUUCUAUUUUUUAUCAGUCAUUAGAUAAUUCUCAAACAUGAAUCGGAGAAGAUUCAUAGAUUUUGGCUCACGAACAACUAUAAUAGAUAGAGUUGUGGACUAGCAAAUUGUUCGAUUUGCAUUUUUUCUUGAGCCUCUUUUUCUGAAACUGGGAUUCUGCCUAAUAUGUUCAUCCUUAGGCAACCAUAAUGUGUAAGCAUGGAAGUGGUUAGUGAUGUAUAUUUUAAAUGAUUCCUCUUAUCACCGACCUCCCCAUAUAGAUGUAUUUGUAUUCUGCAGACAACAUUCUGCAGGCAAUCUUAGAAAAUUUUACAGGAUUAGAAACUUUAAUUUCACUGAGGUUCCAAUUCUUAAAAACUAUAAUUGUAGUUUAAAUUAAAUUAUUCUCCAUUUUGAGGAAACUGGAGCAGUUUGUGAUCCCAGUUCCCUUCAUAUUACAGAUCAUUUUUAAGUCAACCUAUUCUCUUUCAAUAAAUCACAAACACAUGAG